GGACGAGUAGGGGAAGGGGAAAGAGGAGGAGGACGAGUAGGGGAAGGGGAAAGAGGAGGAGGAGCUAGAGGAGAGAGGGAGAGGGAGGGGUUACCGAAGUGAUGGCCAGCGCACUUACUAUAUAUAUGAAGGUGGCUGGCGGUAAAAAGGAAACGAGUACAGCCACGGCUCUCCUAAAGCAAGCAUCUCCUCACCCCUCUCUCGUUCCUACCUACCCCAACCUGUACACGGACCUAUAUUCGGGCACCUAGACCUUACUUACGGUGACUACCACGACCGUAAAUAGACGACCUUACACUACAGAACCUACACUUUAAACUUACUUACAGAGAUCACUAAUAACCUGGAGUUCCUCGUAUAUAGAACACCUUGCACUGCUGACCCAUAGUUUUUGUCUCCCUCAUAUACACACACCUACAGAUUACUUCUCCUUCUUGAUUUACAUGACAGUUUAUUCUCUUUUCGUUUUGUGGUGAAACUCGUAAUCGUUAACUCAAGUCCACCUGGUUUUGGGCUAAGGUCCAGUGAAGGAAGAUUAUCUAGAGCUCGCCGUGACUGACCUACCUACCUGUCUGUGUGCCGGCCUGCCUGACUGACUGACAUUCUCGGCCCACAAACGACUGCGAUGGCUUCAAGAGGUUACGUCUGCCUGCUGGUGGUGCUGCUGGCGGCGGGGAGCGUCAGAGCCUUGGAAGAUAAGUCUGAGAACAAAGUGACGCCCCUGGAGGAAAAGGAUGACGGCGGGCGGUUCUUCUUCUCCACCACGUCAACGGGAACGUCCUCCUCCUCCACCAGCCCCGUCCUCACCCUCACCCUGGGCGUCGGGGAUAUCCUCUUCGCUGUGUUGGCCGUGGCCCUCUGCGUGGCGGCGGGCGUGGUCAUCGCGGGCAUCUUCUUCGACGACAGUGUGGGCACGUCAGGCUACAGCGCCCCCUCAUCCUACGAGAGCGAGCACCAUCACACCGCUGAGAGCUCCUACGCUGUCCUACGCUCCCUGGAAGCCGCCGCCCGCAAACACGAGUAACGGAACAAAAUGAGCCACUUCUGUAAACUAUCACCGCUUCAACGAACUCGCUUUAGCCUCGCACGCCAAUGACCUGCAGAACCAAGCUACAGUUCUUCCGUAACAAUCACUUCUUUUUCAAUGUUCGUCUUCUCUGCUUUCUGCUUCCCAUCCAACACUUCUCUCCUUGCAGUUUUUCCUCUUCUGCUUCUCUCCUGCUUUUUUUCAUUCGUGUUCUUCCUCUUCUGCUCUUUUCAUACUGUUUUGCCAUCCCAUAUUCCUCUUUUCCUUUCACUAUUCUCCAUAACCUAAUCUCUAACUUCAACCUUCCCUUAACUCCUUCGCCUUCCCUUCCCCUCCUAGCUGAGAGGUAAACCUGAAUACUCAAGAUAAGUAGGGAAGGCAAGCAGGAUCAGGGGCGUUUCAGGGACCAUAUGUGUGUAUGUAUGCGUUCAUGUUUAAAAAGCUUUACCUUAUGAGUAUUUAUUAUAUUUAUAAUUUUUGUACAUAAUUGUUAUCCAAAAAAAUAAACGAUAAUUUGUGAGU